GGAGGCAGCGGGGCCGGGAAGAUGAACCGGAGUUUCAACAAAUCUCAGACUCUGCGGUAUCUGGAGUGCAGCGCAGUGGAAGUGAAGAGUAAGUUUGGGGCAGAGUUCAGAAGGUUCUCCCUGGAUCGCUACAAGCCGGGAAAGUUUGAAGACUUCUACAAACUAAUUCUUCACAUUCAUCACAUAGCCAACCUGGAAGUGAUGAUCGGAUAUGCUGAUGUGCAUGGAGACCUUCUCCCUAUUAAUAAUGAUGACAACUUCUUCAAGGCUGUUUCGAGUGCUCAUCCACUGCUCAGGGUUUUUAUACAAAGACAAGAUGAAGUGGACUACUGUAAUUUUGGGACCAACACACUGUCGAGGAAGAAGAAGGCUCUGGUGACUCUCCGCACUGACAACCUUCGCCGGCGUCCCCACAUUAACAUUAGCAUGCCUCAUGAUUUUAGACCGGUGUCCUCCAUCAUCGAUGUGGACAUCCUUCCUGAGACACACCGGAGGGUGAGGCUGUAUCGGCACGGCUGUGAGAAACCCUUAGGAUUUUACAUUCGCGACGGCACCAGCGUAAGGGUUACUCCUCACGGACUAGAAAAAGUACCUGGUAUCUUCAUCUCUCGUAUGGUUCCUGGAGGCUUAGCAGAGAGCACAGGCUUGCUGGCUGUGAAUGAUGAAGUCCUGGAAGUUAAUGGCAUUGAAGUAGCAGGGAAGACUCUUGACCAAGUCACAGACAUGAUGAUUGCCAACAGCCAUAAUCUUAUUAUCACGGUCAAGCCAGCAAACCAGAGGAACAAUAUUAUCCGAAGCAGUAGGACGUCUGGUAGCUCUGGCCAGUCUACAGACAGCACUGCGAGUCACCAUAGUUUGCCCCCAUCCCACGUGCUGCAAAACUUCCACCCUGAUGAAAUGGAGAGUGAUGAAGAGGCUGACAUUGUCAUUGAGGGUGGUCUGGAGCCACAGCACAUUCCUAAACUGCACAGCUUUACUUCCAGUAGCCACUCCAGAAUCAAUGGUAGCAGCCUUAGCCACAGACUUCAAAGGGACCUGAUGCUCAACAACAACUCUGGCCGAGAAAGCAAUGGCAACAUCCACAAAUUGCUCAGUUCCUUAAAAACUGAUCCCCGACAGAGUCUGGUUAUCCCCAGAGGAGGUAUUGAGGAGGAUGGAACAGUCAUUACACUUUAGUAGCAAUUCCUGCAACUGUCCUUCCAGUCUUAAGUGCCAAUUGAGACAACUGACUCUUGCAACAGACUGUGCACACAAAACAGAGAGCUGAUAUUCUCAUAGACCUCAUGGGUGCAGAAAAUUGUUGCUUUCUAAGAAAAGUGGAAUCUGGAGUUAGACAUAAAACUGUCAUGCACUGCAAAAUUUGUCAGGAGAAAGCCAGAGUGUCAAACCUGGUUUAUGUCCCGGCCCUAAAGUGAGAACAAAGAAUUGUUUUAGUUGGUAUAAUCUCAACAGUCUUAGAGGCUACCAAUGGCAGUGCUACGUAUGUGGAUUUGAAUGCAUGGGUGGAUAUAUCUAUACAUGCAUGUAUAUGAAUUAGAUUUUAAUAGUAACAGACAUGUCUAUUUGAGGUGGAAUCUGGCUUUCUUCUAAUACCAGUUUAGAGAGUGCUUUUGAAUAGCCAUCUGAACUUUUGACUGUUACAUACAGACCUUCCACUAACUUGUUUACACCAUACUUCCAAUUUACGUCUAAUCCAGACAAGCUCUAUAAAAGUAGCAGUUUCCUACUCUGGUAGUAAGAAUAUUAGGGAGAUGCUGCAAAUACAUUUUCUAAGUGAAACAAGAUCCCUAUAUACACAUUUUAAAGGCCUAAGGAGGCGAUGCAGGCGGACGUUGCUGUCAUUGCUGUGAGAUCAGCACCACCCGCUGGUCAGAGGCAGGCCUGCCUGCAGCACAGGCGUCUGCUGUGCUGGGAAAGGACUUAAAUCACAGUAAGGACUUAAAGCUAGGUUCAGCACCAUUGUGUGUAGAUGUA